GAGAAAUGCGGAAGGCAGUGUCAAAACAAGUGAACAUCUGUGUUAGGGAUCCUAACCUCAAAAAAAGUACUUAACCGUCAAGUCUAUUUUAUAGUGAAAUGUCGUUUUUUAAAAAGCCAAAGAAAAAUAUCCGACGAAGACCUUUUGGAAGUAAUGAGAAUGACGAAAGUGCGGAAGAAAACGGUAGUCACAUGGAUGUGGACGACGAGGAACAAAGUAUGGCUCAAAUCAGAGAGAAAAUUGCUAAAGCCAAGAAGAAGGAACAACGUAAACAAACGUUAUUAAGUUUCGAGGAAGAUUUCAAUGAAGCUGAUGAUGGAGAAGUCUUUCAAGUUAAAAAAUCAUCUCAGAGUAAAAAGAUGAUGAAGCUUCUUGACAAGGAGAGGAAAAAGAAAAAAGAAGUGAAACCAGAAAAGAUGGAGAUAGAAGAAGAUUUACCGAAGAAAGAUAAGGAAAUAGUUACGGGUGAUCUUGUGAUGGUUGUGAAGCAGACAGAGCCUGUCCGUCCAGUUGUACCUAUUCUCAAUGGGCGACAGGCUGAAUUAGCUGAUCCAGAUUAUCAAAGUGAAGAUGAGGAGGAGGAAGAUGACAAAAGCAAAUUGAAAAAACCCUCUCAACAUAAAUUUUCUCAGCCAGACAACAUGAAACUAAUAUUAGAAAGUGGCAGGAUUCCGGAUGCAGCCAUGAUCCAUGCUGCCAGAAAACGGCGCCAGAAAGCCAGAGAAAUGGGAGGCGAGUUUAUACCGGUAGAGGACACUCAAAAAUACAAUACUUCUUCAUCAAAGUCUCGGCUUGUUCGUGAAGAUGAUAACGAUAACAGUGAUGAUGAGGAAGAACCUGUGCAGAUGGCUGUACCAUCAGCAGCAAGAGAUCGUGACAGAAAGCGUGAAGCCUUUAUGUCUGUUCAAAAUGACGAUGAAGACCAGGAAAGUGACAAGGGUGAGGAGGAAGAGUGGGAGUCACAGCAGAUUCGGAAAGGUGUUACCGGAGCACAGUUGGCUGCUGUUCAGCAAGAAACUUUGUAUCAGCAACAGUACACAAUACCAAUAGUACCACUUGCUAGUUUGGAAGCUGGUGUCUCCAUGGACAUGUCACCUUCUGUUCCUGUUUUAUCAGAAACUAUGACUACAGAAACAAUACCUAUCGUUGACAAAAGAUUUGGUGGUCUCAAAGCGGAGAAUGGUACCGGAACAACCCCUCAGAAUAUCUCAGCCAAACUCAAAGAGAGAUUAAAAGAUUUGCAAGAAGUUCAUAGAAGACACUGUCUUGAUCGUGAUCAAGUCACUGAUGAUUUGGUUGCAACACAAAGCGAGGUCCAGCGCCUAGAGGCAGAAACACCGAAGCUGGCAGAGCGUUUUCGCUUUUACCAAGAGUUGCGUGGGUAUGUCACAGACUUGGUAGAAUGUCUUGACGAGAAGAUGCCGAUCCUUAUGAAUUUGGAGCAACGUGUGUUGUCGUUAUGGCGUAAGCGAGCAGAGGAAUUAAUUGCAAGGCGAAGACAAGAUGUUUUAGACCAAGCGAAUGAAAACGCACCCUCUAAUGCAAAGCGUAAUAAAGAAGAAGACGAUGCCCGAACACGUCGUGCUGCUGAAAGAGAGGGUCGACGUAUUCGCCGCAGCAGAGCACGGGAAUCAAAAAAAUUGGCCAACAUCAAUGCAUCAAAGCAUCUUGAUGGAAUGUCAAGUGACGAAGAAAUGACUGAGCUGGAACUGGCAUCUUUCCGCACUCAAAGCGAAAAUAUAGAGGCAGAUGCGCAUCUUGUGUUUGAAGAUGUAGUUGACGAAUUCUGCACUGUGAAGUCUGUACUACGACACUUUGAAAAGUGGCGCUCAACAGAUUGGGAAUCGUACACAGAGGCUUAUGUUAGUCUGUGCAUACCGAAAGUGUUGUCUCCACUUCUGAGAGUACAAAUGUUGAUGUGGAACCCAUUAUUGAAUGAUCAAAGUAGAAUAGAAAGAAUGAAGUGGUAUGAUAAUUUGCUAUUUUAUGGUUUGGAACCAAAUGAAACUGAAGAUGAUCUGCGAAGUGAUCCAGAUCUUAAACUUAUUCCUCUUGUAAUAGAGAAGGUUGUGUUACCUAAACUUAACAAUGUUGUUAAUGCUACUUGGGACCCUCUGUCUACAUCCCAAACACAACGAUUAGUAUCUCUCUUAAGUCACCUUCUUCAGGAAUACCCUUCCUUAGUGAGUUCUAGCAAGCCUUUAAACAACCUUCUGUCAACAAUUGUUGAAAAAAUGAAGGCUGUUGUGGAAAACGAUGUAUUCAUCCCCAUUUAUCCCAGACAGUUGGAUGCAAAGUCUGGACAAGCUACCAAUGUUGCUCCUGGAAUGCCAGCAUUUUUUCAGAGACAGACAGUCAGUGCUAUAAAGUUGUUGCGAAACCUGCUUUGUUGGCAAGGUGUUGUAAGUGAUCUUGUUUUGCAAGAAGUUGCUCUUGGCGCACUGUUGAAUCGCUAUCUCAUGGUCGCAUUGCGCACUUCCGAACCAGUCGACGCUGCUGCGAAAUGCCACAUGAUUGCAAGUACAUUCCCAAAGUGGUGGUUCCAGAGUGAGACCAAACUUCCACAGCUUCAAAUGUUUGCAAACCAGUGUAAACACAUUAUUACUCUCUUAGAUGUGACCACUCCUGCUGGAAGACAAGGCCUGGAGCGCAUCAGUGUCAUUCUUAAAACUUUAUCUCCAGUCAUAACACCCGUGUGACAACAAUUUUCUUCUGAUUUUGACUUUACUCGACUCUAGAUAUCUUGUUCAGAAAGUUAUGCACUUGCAUAUAACAAUUGCCUUUAAUUUUUUUUACUCUUUUAAUUUUGCCUUGAAUCUUCACAAUCAGUACUCCAGUGCAAAUUAAUGUUCAAUGAUGCAAAUUGGGUCAUGUAAUACCUAUAAGUGUAGAUGUUUUACCUAUGUAAAUAACACAUUGCUGAAAACCCGCGUUCAAAGUACCCACUUUUUUCUGUUAAUUCUUUGGUUGAAAACCGUUACAUCACUGCCUUCACUUUGGACUGUAUUUCAAAACUUUUAUAUUAGGUAUUCAGUCCUUACAACUGAUAAAAAAUUUUCAUUCUGUAUUCACCUGAUCGCAGCUGAACUCAAUUGUAGCAAAUAUUGUGUCAUUUCAGAUACUAAGUGAUUGUACAGUAAAUGUAUUUUUCUAUAUUUUUUGUCUUUUGCUGUAAGUGUUUUGCAUAUAGGCUGUGAAAUUUAGUAAUGUGGCCAAGAAAGUUGUUCGUUAGUGUAUGGUUGUGUGAGCAGUGACAGUGCUGAAGGCUUUAUACCCUCCUCAAAAAGUACACCUGAUUCACACCAGUACAGCACAUUUGAAGAGAUUUUAGAAAAUUUUUAAUGUUCUAGGAUGUGGUUACAAUACUCUCCCAAUUGAAAUUUCCGUAUUUUAUCUUACUAAUUUUAUAAUAUAAAUUCAUUGGAAAUUUUCUUUGAGGAAUAUUUUCUUACCCUUCCUUAAAAUGCGUCUUCACUAAUUUUGUACUCAAUUGUAGAAAACCAAUUUGAUAAUCUUUAUUAUCUGUAGCGUUUUUGAAAAUUGUGAGUCCUGCUUGCCUCUUUAUAAAGUCAAACCUGCAACCUGUAGCUGGUCCAGCAUUUUUUUAGAAUGAGGUAGUUCACAACAAGACUCGAAGCUUCAGGGUAAGACUUUGCUAUCUUGAACUGAGCCUCCUGUAGAAACUGAGUUCCCCGAAACAACUGUCUUGAUUUUCUAGCUUGUCUUAAAUUAUCCCGAGCUUGGCUACGUCUUUGUGAGCCUUGUACAAUUUUUGAACGCCUUGUCUCAAAGAAUUAGGUUUAAGAUGAGUAUUGUGACUCAAAUUAAUUUGUGUUUAUCUUGCUAACUUUUCUUGGACCCUUUGGUCCCUGACAUUGUGAUUUUAUUAAACUUUAAAUAGAGUGGUAGUAAUAUAUCAGCUCUAUUGCUCAAGGGUUGUUGAUGCAAAUCUUGAAAGCUUUGAGUCUGAAUACUUAAAGUCAGCAGUAGCCACAGCAAGUACAAGCCACAGUAUUGUAAAUUGAAUGGUAAAGAAAUUAUACAAAUGGUUUUGUAUUAUAUUAACUAAUGUGAAGAAAUGUUUUGCAUUUUUUGAAGAAUGAUAAAACUGAAUACUCCUUUA